AAUCUCAUCAAAGGGGAGGAGUCGCUGGAUCCCAACUCGCCAAGUUGCCAGGCGAGGCAUUGGCCUCGUUUUGUUUCCGAGCUCCAAAACCAAGUAUGCCCGCCCUCCCAUCAUGAGCCGGUGGUCUGGUUCCCAGGGAGUUGUAUUAACGGCGUAUCACCCCAGCACCAGCGAUGCCGAGCCCGGGCCAGCAAGUCAUGCCAAAGAGGGGGCGGAAACGUCCCCCGUGAGCCGGAGAUCUGGCCAAUACACAAUGAACCAUGAGAACUCUAAGAAAUCCUCAGGAAAGCCCCCUUACAAUCGCUCAGGUUCUCAGGAUUCACUGGAUGAAUUGUCUAUGGAUGACUACUGGAAAGAACUGGAAAACAUCCACGAAACCAGAAGAAGUAAUCAUGAAGAACAAGAAGUAGCUGUUGUUAAGGAGCCCGAUGAAGGAGAACUGGAGGAAGAGUGGUUAAAAGAAGCAGGACUGUCAAACCUCUUCGGUGACAGUGCAGGAGACUCCCAAGAAAGCAUGGUGGUUUUGGCAACACUGACCCGUACUCAGGCGGCAGCAGUUCAGAAGCGAGUGGAGACUGUGACACAAACCAAGAGAAAGAAAAACAAACAGUAUCAAGUUCCUGAUGUGAGAGAUAUUUUCAAGCAGCAAAAUGAUUCAACAGAAAAAGAAACUGGCAGUGAAAAUCAGCCUGAGAGAACAAGGAAAAGUGAAGAUGCAACACAGGAGGAAGCAAAAGAAGGUAAUGUUUUAGCACCUGAAGAUAACAGCCUGAGAGACAAUGUGCCAGUGUCUGAAACAGACAUCAGCCUGGAAAUAUCGUUUUCUGAACAAGCAAGUCUCAAAGAUAACUCAGUGAGCAAAGUGUCUAAGCACAGAGAUGAUGACACAUUGCUUCCAAAUUUCAGGCUGCCAAAGGACAAAACGGGUACAACAAAGAUUGGGGACCUUGCCAUUCAGGAUAUGAAGAAAAUCCAUUCUUUAGCACUGAUUGAGCUGACUGCACUGUUUGAUAUACUUGGAACAGAACUUAAGCCACAAAAAGCAAUAAAAAUGAAAGUAAAAGAAUCUGGUCUGUUUGGAGUCCCACUGCCAGUUUUGCUAGAGCAAGAUCAGAAGAGAGUUCCAGGCAUCAAAGUACCCCUAAUCUUUCAAAAACUCAUAUUCCACAUAGAAGAGGGAAAAUUGGACACAGAAGGGCUUCUUCGAAUACCAGGUGUUGCCACAAGAAUAAAGAGUCUUUGCCAAGAGCUAGAAGCAAAAUUUUAUGAAGGGACUUUCAACUGGGAAACUGUAAAACAACACGAUGCAGCAAGUGUUCUGAAACUCUUUAUCCGUGAACUGCCUCAGCCACUGCUCACUGUGGAGUACCUCAAGGCUUUCCAGGAUGUACAGAGACUUUUGACAAAGAAGCAUCAGCUGCAAGCAUUGAAUCUUUUGGUCCUUCUUCUUCCUGAAGGAAACAGAGAUACGCUAAAGGCACUCCUUGAAUUUCUUCAAAGAAUAAUUGAUCAUCAGGAUACCAACAAAAUGACCCUAAAGAAUGUUGCCAUGGUCAUGACCCCUAACCUCUUCAUGUUUCAUGGCAUGGGCUCCAAGACCACAGAGAAAAGCGAGUUUGUCAUGGCAGCUGGAACAGCAAAUGUCAUGCGCUUUAUGAUUAAAUAUCAAACACGUUUAUGGAUAGUACCUACAUUUCUUGUGAACCAAGUGAGAAAACAAAACACUGAAAGUCAGAAGAAGGAGAAAAAGGACAAAGCAAUGAAGAAGCUGCUGAAAAAAAUGGCCCCGGACCGAGAAAAGCAUGAGAAGCAGGACAAAAACAUCAAUGAUGUCAAAAGUGUCAGUGAUGCUGAUGUUCCUCAGGGAGUAAUACGGGUGCAAGCACCUCAUCUUUCCAAAGUUUCCAUGGCAAUUCAGCUGACAGAGGAACUAAAAGCUGGUGAUGUAGUUGCCAGAUUUCUCAGCCAAAAAAGUGGAACUGUCCAAGAUCUGAAGAAAGAAGAGGUGUUUUUAUAUGAAAUUGGGGGAAAUAUUGGUGAACGCUGCCUUGAUAGUGAUGCUUACAUGAAGGAUUUGUAUCAACUAAACCCAAAUGCUGAGUGGGUUAUAAAAUCAAAAAACUGCUGAAUUCUUGAUGCUUCAGUGGAAGAUAAGCUCUGGACUGUCUUGUCAGACAACAUGAAAUAAGAAAAUGAUCUACUGUUUUGAUAUUUAAAAUGUAUCACGUUGUUAAAAAGGGUAUUGGCCAUGCUAAAUUUGACUUACAAGGAGCUGCCCUCCCCAUUUUGCAAGUCAAUGGUAGUUGUUUUAGUCUGUCAGGACAGCCCUUUGUCAUGGGAACCACCGUGCCUUUGGUAUGGUCCCAUCUACCUUCAAGUGCAUUUUGUGCCUUCAUUUUCAAUUAAAGGCCAGGGAUAUCUUAGGGGCUAAAAUAACACCUUUAGAAAAACCAUUUCUUGUUAGCCCUCAUGCACACAGUGCUUGUAUUCCAUAUGGAAAUGAUGUAGCAGUGAUGCAGUUCAUGCAGGGCAAGUUUUAUAUAAGCAUCAGUUUAUGUACUUGAUUAAAAAGUUGUGAGAAAUGGGAAUAGGCCACUCCUCUUCAGUGUACCUCUUUUAGUCUAGUCUGCUAUAAACAACUGUGCCAGA